AUACUUACUCCGAACGGGCAGUGCUGGCUUCGACCUACUUCGCUUAUCUUCUCCCAAAAACUCAACCCUUAACAAGACUGGUGACGGAAAGAAAGGCAUUGACAGCUUCAUUCCUUCCUCAUUCAACAACAAAGCUUCCAGUGCGUAAUACAGACCUUGAAUCUUAUUUCCUGCAUCUCUGCCAGCCAAACCCCCGCUUUUUACAUCAAAGGUACCGUCAGCUGCGAAGGGCACAAAAAGGAAGGGGAAAGCAAAAUGAAUGUGAUCAAACUUCAGCGGAAGUUCCCGCAGUUUGAUCAAGGCGAGAUCUUCACCCUUCAGGAUGCAUUCAGAAAAUUAGACAUUGAUGAAAGAGGCUACCUGGAUGAAGCAACUGUGAUUAAGUCCACCCAACAAUCGGAACGUCAACCGUAUGAUGUCGUACGCCAGGCGUUGAAGGAAGUCGAACUCGACAGUUCUCGUCGGGUGGAGCUCGAAGAUUACGUUGAUCUUAUCUCCAAACUCCGCGUUGCUCCGAAUCAAACCAGGCCGGUCGAUAGCCCCGCCCCAGCUGCUCUACAGGGAAAUGUGACGGGCUCUAGACAUGUCCCUCGAAACAGUAUUGGGGGCAAGAUUCACGUUCAAGGAUCCUCGGCGAAUGUUACCCAUACUAUUAACGAGGACGAGAGAACUGAAUUUACAAGGCAUAUCAAUGCUGUCCUAGCGGGCGAUCCAGACAUUGGCAACUCCCUCCCAUUCCCCACUGACACCUUUGAAAUGUUCGACAAGUGCAAGGACGGAUUAGUUUUGGCGAAAUUGAUCAACGACAGCGUGCCUGAUACAAUUGACGAACGCGUUCUGAACAAAUCCGGGAAGAAAAUCAAGGAGCUUAAUGCAUUUCACAUGACUGAAAACAACAACAUUGUGAUAAACUCAGCCAAGGGCAUUGGUUGCUCGGUUGUGAACAUCGGCAGCGGGGACAUUAUAGAAGUGCGCGAACACCUUAUUCUAGGGUUGAUUUGGCAGAUUAUCCGUCGGGGUCUUCUUGGCAAGAUUGACAUAAAACUCCAUCCUGAAUUAUACAGGCUUUUGGAGGAUGACGAAACGUUGGAGCAAUUUCUUCGUCUGCCCCCGGAGCAAAUUCUCCUGCGAUGGUUCAAUUACCACCUCAAGAACGCGAAGUGGGAUAGAAGGGUGACGAACUUUUCUACAGAUGUGAAGGAUGGCGAAAACUAUACCGUUCUUCUCAGUCAACUUGCACCCGACGCAUGCUCACGCAGCCCCCUACAAACUCAGGACCUACUUCAGCGAGCUGAACAGGUUUUGGGGAAUGCAGAUAAAGUAGGCUGCAGGAAGUUUUUGACACCCACUUCACUCGUUGCUGGGAAUCCAAAACUCAAUCUCGCUUUUGUCGCCAACUUGUUCAACACCAUCCCCGGACUCGAGCCGAUAACCGAAGAGGAGAAACUAGAGGUCGAGGAUUUCGAUGCCGAAGGGGAACGAGAAGCUAGAGUGUUCACUCUCUGGCUGAAUUCCUUGGAUGUUCAGCCUGCGGUUAAUUCUUUAUUCGACGACCUUCGGGAUGGCACUGUGCUGCUGCAGGCCUACGAUAAGGUCAUCCCGGGUAGUGUCAAUUGGAGACAUGUUAACAAAGCACCAGCUUCAGGAAACGAGAUGAUGCGGUUUAAGGCUGUGGAGAAUACGAAUUAUGCAACCGAGCUUGGGAAGCAUAUUGGCUUUUCCCUUGUAGGUGUACAAGGGGCCGAUAUCACCGAUGGCCAGCGCACCCUCACAUUAGGACUGGUAUGGCAAUUGAUGCGGAAGGAUAUUACGAACACCCUCUCGGGCUUGGCCCAGCGGAUGGGCAAACGUGAAAUUACCGAUUCUGAAAUGAUUCGGUGGUCCAACGACAUGUCUCGUAAGGGAGGCAAAACUUCAUCCAUUCGCAGCUUCAAAGACCAGUCAAUUGGAACUGGUAUAUUCCUUCUGGAUGUGCUCAGUGGGCUGAAGAGUUCAUAUGUGGACUAUGAACUUGUUACUGCAGGCCGAACCGAUGAGGAGGCAUAUGGAAAUGCCAAAUUAAGCAUCAGCAUAGCAAGGAAGUUAGGUGCAACUAUCUGGUUGGUACCUGAGGAUAUCUGCCAAGUGCGGUCUCGUUUGAUUACCACGUUCAUCGGCUCACUUAUGGCCACACAUGAGAAAAUGCAGUGAUUUCGAAAUUGUGCAUUAGUGCUUCUGUUUCUCCUGUUCUCGACUAGGUGGCAAUGGUUGAACGUGCUUUCUUAAAUUGGACCCCAUUCAUGACAUGCAUGCUGCAGCAGGAAUCCGCCAAUCUCGGCUCUAUAUCUAAGGAUUCCUUGUACUCUUAUUUCACCUACCUAUAACUUAGUUCCAGACUGAGGUUUUGGUUUUAGCUGUUCGCAUGUACAAGAAGUUUUUCUUUUGUCGUAACAUCAGGCGUCAUGCCCCAAAAUUUGCGCACGCGGGGCAAGGUAGCCAUUGAGCUGCUGUGUCCCAUGAGGUUACUUACUAAUUGCGAGGGCAAGAAGAAUAGUGAAAUACAAAAG